CUGUGUACGUCAGCUGUCAAAACGAAUCACAAAUUUUCACGGCUUUUAUUUGUGCGCUGCAUUAUUAUUACAUUUCCCCAAGUCGAAAGCGGUUGCAUAGCAUAUGCGUGGAUCGGUUGUGGUACUUAAAUGCGGCCCACGUCCGGAGUAGUGAGUGUCAAGUGACCAGAAAGCGAGAGUAGCCAGCAAAGCCAGUGACCAACUAUGUCGUUCGUGGGCGGGGGCGGUUGCGGGGGCCAGGACGUGCACAAGUUUGUGGAGGCGCUGCAGGCGGAUUUCAAGACCCUGUCGCUGGAAACCAAGAAGAAGUAUCCUCAGAUCAAGGAGGCAUGCGAGGAGGCCAUUUCCAAGCUCUGUACCGCCGGCAGCAGCCAACAGAACUCGGUAUACUACACCGUCAACCAGAUACUCUAUCCAUUGGUGCAGGGAUGCGAGACCAAGGACCUAAAGAUUAUAAAGUUCUGCUUGGGCAUGAUGCAGCGUCUCAUCACCCAGCAGGUGGUAGACCAAAAGGGCGCACUCUACAUCACCAAUGCACUGUGGACCCUUAUGGAGAACAAUAUCGAGGAGGUGAAGGUGCUGCAGACGGUGACCCUUCUUCUGACCACCAACACGGUGGUGCAUGGCGACACUUUGGCCAAGGCCCUGGUUCUCUGUUUCCGCCUGCACUACACCAAGAAUCCCACGAUUGUCAAUACAGCAGGAGCAACUAUCCGGCAACUGGUGUCACUGGUGUUUGAGCGCGUCUACCUGGAAAAGGAUUCGGUGUCGAGUCUUCAGCAACAGCAGCAGCAGCAACAGUCCACUGGUUCGCCGGCAGAGACAGAGGGCGGCGGUCAGGAUGUUCAGACCUUUGCAUCGGACGCCUUUCUGCUGUUUCAGGAUCUCGUGCAACUGGUGAACGCGGAGCAGCCUUAUUGGCUAGUGGGCAUGACGGAGAUGACGCGCACCUUUGGUCUGGAACUGCUCGAGGCGGUGCUAACCAACUUUAGCGCUGUGUUCCACGAGAAUAAUUGUAUUUCCUUACAGAGCAACGACUUUCGAUUGCUGCUUAAGGAGCGGGUCUGUGCCUUGGUCAUAAAGCUCUUCUCGCCGAACGUGAAGCACCGUCAGCUGCCCGCUCCGAGCAAUGGCAAUGCACCUGUGCCGGCCGAGAAGCCAUAUUUCCCCAUCAGCAUGCGAUUGCUGCGCCUGGUGGCGAUACUUAUACAGAAAUACCACACCAUACUGGUCACCGAGUGCGAGAUCUUUCUAUCGCUGAUCAUCAAGUUCUUGGAUCCGGACAAGCCGGCUUGGCAGCGAGCCCUGGCCCUGGAGGUUAUCCACAAGCUGGUCACGCGCUCCUCGCUUAUUGCCUUCUUCUGCAAGUCGUACGAUUUGAAGAACCAUGCCACAAACAUUGUGCACGACAUGAUUGCUGCCAUGGGUAGCUAUGUCCGAUACUCCCUGAUCAAUGCCUCGGCCAUGCUUAAUGGUCAGCAGAACGGAAUGGCGAGUUCGUUGACAGCCCUGUCGGGAAACAACCAGUGUGGCUUUAUGUUCCGCGGAGCGUAUCUGCCGCUGGUGGCCACCUAUGCUCCAGGUGUUUCCAAGGCGGUUUACUUGGAAAUGCUGGAUAAACUGGAUGCGCCGAACAUACCCGACAGCUAUGGCAUCUCGGUGGGUCAUGCCAUUCUCCUGGACAUGACCCGCUCCAUUGGAGGCGUAAUUCAGCGCACUCCAGAGCUUCAUCCGAGUCACAACACGGCGGUGAUCACGGAGGAGGAGCACAAGCCUCUGUGCCUGCAGUUGGUGAACUCCAGCUGGUCUGGCCUCCUCAGCGCUUUUAUUCCACUGGUGGAGACGUCCAUUGACGAAGCCACCACGGAGAACAUCCUCAAGGCUAUGCAAAACUAUGCUGCUCUGUGCGGAAUGCUGGAGCAGCUGCAGCCGCGAGACGCCUUCAUCAUGGCCAUGUGUCGUGCCUCGUUUCCGCCCCACUAUGCCAUGUCCAUUUUUGCCAACACCACGCAGGCGGAUGGUGAAUUAAGAUGUCACACCCGCAGUGGCAGCCAGGAUCUGAGCAGCCAGUUCAUCAACAACUGCAGUGGCGAUUCAGGGGACUUCCGACCCCAGAUUGUGGCCGUGGGCACACCCCUUCCCUCCGCCUCGCUGCCCCACAGCGUGAUGCAAGCACCGGUGAUGCUGACCAACAAGAAUCUGCAGUGCAUGCGAGCGAUUCUCUUUCUGGCGCAUAACAACGGCGGAAUACUGGGCACCUCGUGGCACAUUGUUCUCCAAACGCUGCAGCAUUUAGUGUGGAUCCUGGGCCUGAAACCCUCGACGGGAGGCAGUCUUCAGGCGAUGCCAAAGCCGGCGGUGGAGGCCAAUGUGGGCAUUCAAACGGCCGUGAUGGCCGAUCUUCCGGUUCUGUCGCAAAUGCUUAGCCAGCUUUUCGAGUCCAGUCAGUAUCUGGAUGAUGUGGCGCUGCAUCAUUUGAUCGAUGCGCUGUGUAAGCUCUCCCACGAGGCCAUGGAGCUGGCCUACGCCAAUCGAGAGCCAUCCCUCUUUGCAGUGGCCAAACUUCUGGAGACGGGAUUGGUGAACAUGCCACGCAUCAAGGUGUUGUGGCGACCGCUCACUAAUCACCUGUUGGAGGUGUGCCAGCACCGGCACAUUCGCAUGCGGGAGUGGGGCGUCGAGGCCAUCACCUACCUGGUGAAGUCCGCACUUCAGUUCAAGCACAAAACGCCACUCAAAGAGAAUAUGGAACUACAAACUAUGCUGCUGAGUCCGCUUUCCGAGUUGUCCACAGUCCUGCACGCAGAUGUUCGACAGCGGCAGCUGGAUUGUGUCCUCCAGAUCCUGAACACGGCCGGGGAGAUUCUCUCGUUUGGCUGGCCUGCCAUCAUCGAGAUCAUUGGUGCCGUAAACGAGCACCACGGCGAGCCGUUGAUUCGCACAGCAUUCCAAUGCCUCCAAUUGGUUAUUACCGAUUUCCUGACCGUGAUGCCCUGGCGAUGCCUGCCCCUGUGCAUCAGCACGGCGGCUAAAUUCGGCUCCCAAACCCAGGAACUGAACAUUUCCCUGACCGCCAUUGGUCUAAUGUGGAAUAUUUCAGAUUUCUUUAAUCAAAACCAGGACAAGCUGAUGUCCACUCAGCUGCAGGAUGUGGCCAUUCUGCCCGAUUUUCCGGGCACAGUGAAGAUGCCGCAGUUUGAUAAGUUGUGGAUGUGCUUGUACGCCAAGCUGGGCGAGCUGUGUGUGGAUCUGCGUCCGGCGGUGCGUAAAUCGGCCGGCCAGACGCUCUUCUCCACCAUCUCCGCCCACGGCAGCCUGCUCAAUCCGCCAACGUGGCAGGCACUGGUCUGGCAGGUUCUCUUCCCGCUGCUGGACAACGUGCGCGCCCUGAGCAGCUCGGCCAGCAACGAGAAGGUGGACGCCAGUGGCAACAUUCUCAUCCAUCACUCGCGCAACACCGCCCAAAAGCAGUGGGCCGAGACGCAGGUGCUCACCUUGUCGGGCGUCUGCCGGGUGUUCAACACAAAGCGGGAGCUGCUCCAGAUGCUCGGUGACUUUGAGCGGGCUUGGUCCCUGAUCCUCGAGUUCAUUCAGAAUGCUGCUCUGAGCAAGAACGGCGAGGUGUCGCUGGCCGCCCUUAAGUCUCUGCAGGAGAUUAUGUACCACAAUACCACGGAGCGAGCGGAGAGAGCCCUAAAGGAUCCCCAGUCGGCUCAAGAGCAGGAUGACGAAAUCUGGACCAUUGCCUGGAACAUUUGGCUGAGCAUUGGCAUGGAGAGCACCAAGAUGUCCACAACGAAGCUGCAGCAGCAAAACAGCAAUGGCGCCGACAGUCAGGAUGACUUUUACAUUCCCAGUCAGGCUUUCCUCACCGCCCUGAUCCAAAUCUUCCCCGCCAUCUUUCAGCACAUUCAAGUCAAAUUUAGUGCAGCUGACUUUGAUAAGUUCUGCACUGUGCUAACGAAUGCUGUAUGCAUUCCCGUCCAGACCGAUGCGGUUCCCUACAUCAUGUCCACCGUGUCCGACACUCUGCUUACACCGCUGCACGAUGGCAUCCUCGAUUGCAUGGAGCUAAUCCAGAAGGAGGCCACAAAGAGCGAAUCGCACAUCAGCCAGCUCAUUCCCGCCAUUUUCCGGCAGCUGCUGAUCUUCAGCAAGUUCGCCUGCGCCCCGCCCACAUUCCAGCAGAGUGUGGAGCACAAGUAUGCCAAGUCCUCGGGCCACUAUGCCAACAACGCCUCCGUCGAGGUGGUCAGCAUGAACUACAUACCGUUCGGGGAGAAGUCAAUCAGUAUUUGCGUGAAGCUCUACCAGACCACGGCCACCGAGGAUCCGGUGGUGCAGGAGCAGAUCCUGCACGACAUCGUCAAGGCUCUGCGCACGCCGCUGGCAAUGAAGUACAAGUGCCUAUCGUCCAGCACUUGGAAGCUGGCCAUCUCCAGUCUGAUCAGCGUGCUGCACACUGGCCUAAAAGUGGCGCGCGCCAAGCCGCAGCAUUUUGCCAGCCUGUGGGACGACUUGGCCGACACCCUGGACAAGUUCUUGUUCCCGGCGAGUGUCUGCACCAUCGAGGAUCGCGGCCUGGAGGAGAUCGUGCUGGACGAAACGAUCGACUGCCAAGUGAUUGAGCUGCUUAGGGACGAGGUGUUGCCGCAUGCCCACGAAAUGCCGCACCAGUUCAUCAUGCAGAUCGUGGUGCUGCUGAACAAGGGCUCCAUUCACUCCGCCUCGGACACGAACAUUUGCUACGAGUCCGACUGGAAGCUGCGCGAGAUAUUUGCCAAAACCUGCUUCGAGACCCUGCUGCAGUUCUCGCUGCUGGAGGAUCACGCCAACACCAACAACAAUCGCCUCAACGCCAAUCUCCUGGCAGCUGGAGCCGCGGGGGCGGGUGGCAAAGACUUUGCCGGCCGACUGGCGGUCACCGCCCUGCUGCAUCGCUUCCAGGAAGUGCUCAAGCGGUUCAACGAUGAUGAGCGGCAAAGCGGCAAGUGUCCGCUGCCCAGAUUCCGACUGUCUGAGAUAUCGUUCGUGCUCAAAGCCAUUGCAACGCUUGUGGUGUCCAUGAAGAAGGCGCCAGCCUCAAAGGUGAACAAGCCCGCUUGGGAUCAGUUGAUUGGCCUGUAUCCAUACCUGGUGGACUGCACCACGACCACGUCGCCGGAGGUCUCGCGAUCGCUGCGCGAAGCAUUGCUCCAGUACACGGACCUGCUGCAGGCGCCACGCACCUGUGCGGCGAGCGUGACAAACGACAAUGCAAUACAAUCGAAUGGACAAGAGUGAAAGUAUGCCUAGACACACAGAGAGACCAAGUCGAAAUCCAGACCGGCGGUCGAUGCUGUGCGAUGUUUUUUCUUAGUUGUUUAAGUGCGAACCGUUUGAAUAUAUUUAUUUUGUGCAUAAUUUAUGAAUGUUAAUCUUAGCCCUCCCUCGCAUAGAUGUAACGACUAAGCAUCUAUGUACUUACAUACAUACCUAAACAUAUAUAUAUAUAUAUUUGUAAAAGUAUUUUGUAGUUGAGCUAUGAAGUAUGUAAUAGGUCUAGACGGCGUUGCCGGAAUGAGGCCAAUUAACGAAGAUGAAACCCCACAAACCGCUUGGACCGCAGAGGAAAGAGAAGCAGACAGCAGAUUCCUUUAGUACCUUUUCGAGACGCAAAGACAAAGAACUACAUUAGCUGUAGGCUAUACUUAUACAAAUCUAACUACGAUCUAUUUGUGUAGCGCAUUUUAAAGUACAGACGUGCGUGUUAUCUGAAUCAAAUAUUAACCAUUAACCAUGAUGCAACCAACCAACUUUGUAGUGACGUUUUUAAAUAAAGCAAAAAUUAUUAUUACCAA